CUUCAACAACUACACAUCUAUGCUAUACAUGUUUGUAUAUAAAUACUUUUUUCUAAUAACAUUUUCUUUCACCCCACGAUUUAUUAUGCUUUUCUAUGUAGCGGCAGCCAAGCGUAGAGUGGUCACUUGUUUAAGUCUCGUUUUUCACGGUAGACGAAGUUCUUUGUUCAGUCGAAACUUAACUGUCGCGAGAAACAGUCGUGAAACUCAAAAGCUCCUUGUUUAAAAACAACAUUGAUUAAACAAAGUGGAAAAGUUUUCAAGAUCUUGUGGGAACAAAUGACUUAAUAAUAAUUUGGUGAUAGUCAUUUGCUGAAUAACUUUUAACAUUGAACAGAUAUUUACUACAGCAUUUGUUUCUUGGAUAAAAAGCUCGUGCAAGUUUUGUUUCUGAUGUAUCGAGGAUUUUCAGUCUUUAAAGAACAAUUUAGAAACACUUCAAAGUCUGUAAAUUUGGAGUUAAAUGUGAAAAAGCAAUUGAACUAUUUAAGUAUGGGCUGUGCAAGUAGUUCACCUCUAGUCAAUGGAGGUGCUCCUGCUGGAAUUGUAGAUUCAGCAAAAACUGCUGCAACUGAGGUCAUAAGUUCAGGAGAAAAUGCAUUGAAUGAACUAGGCGAAAAUAUAACUGAAACUGCUGGUCAAGUAAAAGAAACAAUGGAAGAGGCGGUAAACGGAAUGGCAAAUUCUAUUGGCGGUGUUAUCCAUGAUGGUAUAACUAAAAUUCCUUUGAAAGAAACAAUGAAUUCAGCAAAUCACUUGAUGGAAGAAAACAUGGAAAAUCUAAAGAAUGAAAUGAUGAACAAAGCACAAAGUAUCGGAGAUGAAACUGACAAGAUUGCUGAUGAAUUGAUUAAAGAUACUGAAGACGUCAUUCGCGAUGCUGAAACAGGAAUUCUUGAUAUCAAAAAUAAUGCGGUGGAAACGGUUCAAACAGUUAAAAAUGAUAUUGUGGACGGAAUCAACCUGAAAUCCCCGACUCAUUCCGUGGAUUUUAAUCAAGCAUCUGUUCCUGAGCCAGAAAUUGAGAAAUUGUUAAAAGAAGAAGACAUUCCUACAUCCCCGAAAGCCACAGUUGAUGAAUUGGUUAAUCUGAGAAUGAAUAUAGAAGAAGAAAAAGAAGAAGAAUUUCCUCCUACUACUCAAGAAGAGUUUAAUGUAGCAACAAAUGUAGAAGAACCAUCACGUGAAGCAACACCAGUAAAAAUUGAAGAUGAGCUUGUAGUUGAAGACAUAAAGGAUGAAAAUCUCAAAAAUAAAUUAAAUGAUGCGAAAACAUCUCUAAUAACAACUUUUAAUGCUAUUAAUGAAAAUAAACAAAAAUGUACAAAAUCAAUCUGA